UGGUACCACUCCCUCCGUGGCGCCUCCCUCGUUUUCAAUUAGCCCCCGAUGGGUGGAGUAAUGCAAUCAGGAGUAACUACAGCUCAGACAAAGCUUCCUCUCUCAGUCUGCCACAGACUCUGCACAGGCACACACUCCUCAAACAGGAAGGUUCAGUGACCCCGGGUCAAAAUGACUGAGCGCUACGACUGCCAUUACUGCAAGGAGUCCCUGUUUGGGAAGAAGUAUGUGCUGAGAGAGGAGAACCCCUACUGUGUGAAAUGUUACGAGAGCCUGUACUCCAACACCUGCGAGGAGUGCAAGAAGCCCAUCGGCUGCAACACCAGGGAUCUCUCCUACAAGGACCGUCACUGGCACGAGGAGUGUUUUAAGUGCUUCCAGUGCAAGCGCUCGCUGGUGGACAAGCCCUUCUCCACCAAGGAUGAACAGCUCCUCUGCACUGAGUGCUACUCCAAUGAGUAUUCCUCCAAGUGCCAUGAGUGCAAGAAAACCAUCAUGCCAGGCUCCAGGAAAAUGGAGCACAAGGGCAACAGCUGGCACGAGACCUGCUUCACCUGCCAGAGAUGCCAGCAGCCCAUCGGCACCAAGAGCUUCAUCCCCAAGGAGAACCACAACUUCUGCGUGCCCUGCUACGAGAAGCAGUUUGCGAUGCAGUGUGUGCACUGCAAGAAGCCCAUCACCACUGGCGGGGUGACCUACCGUGACCAGCCAUGGCACAAGGACUGCUUCCUGUGCACCAGCUGCAAGCAGCAGCUGUCUGGCCAGAGGUUUACCUCGAGAGACGACUUUGCUUAUUGCCUCAACUGCUUCUGCAACCUUUAUGCCAAGAAGUGUGCCUCCUGCACCACACCCAUUAGCGGUCUUGGAGGCAGCAAGUACAUUUCCUUCGAGGAGCGCCAGUGGCACAAUGACUGCUUCAACUGCAAGAAGUGCUCCGUGUCCCUGGUCGGACGUGGCUUCCUCACCGAACGCGAUGACAUCCUAUGCCCGGAGUGCGGCAAGGACAUCUAAUUCAAUGAGCGACGGCCGACAAAUCUGAUUGGAUGCAAAAUAUUACGCUCGAGGAAUGAGAAACAUGCAAUGAAUACUAUCUUAGCACAGAGCAUAGCAUCUUUACUACUUAGCAUUACUAUGAAUUGUAAAUUGCUUUAUGCCAUGAAAUAAAACUACUAACAGUGUUAUUUGAAUUCAAAAAGUUUAUUUAUGUGAAAAACGUUCACUCUCUGAGAAAGAGCCAUGACUAACAAAGUAGCCGUUGGCGUGAAUGUAAAGACGUCUGCUCAUGAAACAGCAACAACAGCAGAUAGACACUGUAUGAAGCAUUUUGAAAUAAGUCUACCAUAUGAAUGCAGACUUUGCUUCAUAAUAAUUACUGCUUUGCGCAUGGACUAGCUUGAUGCUGUAAUUAGUAAUAAGUUUUGUGAAUGAGUUCUUCUGUAACCAAUUAAAUAUUAGUAUUGCAUCUUUACGCCAAUACAUGCUAAUUGUAGUGGUGCAUGAAAUGACAUAAAUUUUAGAAUUGUUCAUGCCUACAAAAAAUAAACAACAUCAUGAAGAGUUCAAAAUGUUUCUGUUUUUAGAUUUUGAGCAGAAUAUGCACACAAAUUAAAAAUUUACAAUCAAAAUUUUAAAAUGUUUACAGAUUGCUAGAUACAUCUAUUUAUAUCUACAUAAAUAUCUUUUAAAAUAUGGAAUUAAUAUGGAAUUAAUAUUUAAUCAAUAUUCAUUUUCAAUAAUAUUUUUGUUACCUUUGACUUUCCAACUGUAAUUAAAUCAACCAAAGUGAUUCAUUGCAUUGGAUGAUUAAAAACUGGGGGGGAAAUGCUGUUGUUAUAAAUACAACACUUGAUUUGACAGUCAGCACUUUAAGAAUCUUGUUACCGUGUGUUUUUGAUGAACUGCGACAACAAUAUUCAUCCACAAUUUCAAAUAAAUCGACUUCAAAAAGACCACUCUGA